GUGUGUGUGUGAGAGAGAGAGAGAGAGAGAGAGAGAGAAAGUUCACACGAAGACUUUCCUAUGUGUGGCUUUAGCCUAAAAGGAAGUUUACAGCCCUGGUCCUAGUUUUUGUUUGCAGUAUUUUCACUAAACAAGAAAGUAGGCGACGCGAUGUUAAACACUCUCACGGAGCGCUACGGCGCGUUUUUAAACCAGAAGAACGUCGUGACCGAUUUCCUAAAGCUGUUAGAGGAAAAGAGCGGAGUUCAGAAACAGUACAUCGCCUCAGGUGUCGUGUCGGUUCUAGCGCUCUAUCUGGUUUUCGGAUAUGGUGCCUCUCUCCUCUGCAACUUGAUUGGUUUCGUGUAUCCAGCAUAUGCCUCCAUCAAAGCCAUAGAGAGCAACAAUAAGGAGGAUGACACUAAAUGGUUGACCUAUUGGGUGGUUUAUGGAGUCUUCAGUGUGGCCGAAUUUUUCUCUGAUAUCUUCCUAUUUUGGUGUCCUUUCUACUAUGCAGGAAAAUGUGUGUUCCUGUUGUGGUGUAUGGUUCCAGUUUCAUGGAAUGGCUCUCAGAUCAUAUACACACGCCUGGUGCGACCUUUCUUCCUCAAACAUGAACGAGUGUUUGACAAUGUUGUGAGUGACUUGAGUGGCAAAGCCAAAAGUGCAGCGGAAGCUGUGGCAAAAGAGGGAUUUACGAUGCUGAACGCUGAAAAGAACAAAUGAUUUGAGGGAGGGAACGGGAGAAUCACUUUUAUCAGGAGCCCUCUGUUUACAUUUGCUUCUUUAUUUUGGUCGGGUAUUUUGUUCAAGUCACUAAAAUCACUAAAUUAUUAAUGUUUGCUGCAUCUGAGCCAGACGGCACAAUCACCGCAAGUUCUCGAAUUGCUCAAAUGGUCCUUUCACACAUAUGUUUUGUAUUCGUCCUAUAAGUUAUUUUAGCACUUUGACCAAUGAUAGAAAUAUUUGAGUCACUGACUUUUAAGAAACCAAACUGGACUUUAAUCAAUAAAACUGGAAAGAAAGGUGCCUGAAUAUAAAAAAACCUUGCUUGAAGUGUUUUAAAUUCAUUUUUAACUGUUUAUAAACGGUUUUCUCGCCUAUUAGUUUCAAGUGUGACAAAGAUAGUUGGAUUCGAAAUCGGCGUGUGUCACUUUUUAAUUUAGUUUAUUUAAGUCAGUGUUGUGUUUAUGGCCUUAACGUGAUAGUUCACCCAAAGAUAAAAACGUUAUCAUCAACCCUCUUGUCAUUUCAAACCUUUAUGACUUUCUUUCUUCCGCACAACACAAAAGAAGAUAUUUUGAAGAAAGUUGAUAACCAAACAACGCUGGAUCCCAUUCGCUUAUAUUGUAUGGACACAAAACCAAUGCAAGUAAAUGGGGGCCAGUUAACAACAUUCAUAAAAAUAUCUUAUUUUGUGUUCUGCGGAAGAAAGGAAGUUAUACAGGUUUGAAAUAACAAGAGGCUAGUACCAGACUAAAAUGAAUGUGACCUGUCUUAACUGAAUAGAACUUGCCCAUGCAGAAAAUGCAUUAAAUAUAUAUCAAUGCUGUAGUCUUAUCUCGAGAUGCAGUAAUAUAUUCUUCUAAGGUAUUUUUAUAAAAGCGACAUAAAUAUCUUCAUUCAACUAAGGCAUAGUCUUGGCUUAAACUAAGCGGUGUCCCGUGGGUAUCAGGCCUACGGUUUAAAAAUUUGAUUUGGCUAUUAAGAUGUUGCGCAACAGAGUUGAUAAUCCAAGUUUUCCAGAGGAACGGAGAAAUAUGAAGCCCUUUUACUGUGUCAACAUGCUGAGCAAACUUAUACCACAACCGAAGUUUCUGAGAAAGAAACUAAGCCAUUAGUCAUACGCUCAAUUGGAGGCACUUAUCAGAAUAUCUGUGUACUUGUGGCCUUAUUUAACUGCACUUAUCUACGUCUUUCAAAAUCACAAGUAGCUUUCAGUAACUCAUGUCAAUGACACAAUUCUGUGAGCAAAUCAAAACCUGAAAUCAUUACACAACAUUAAAGGUUACAACACGAGCAUGCAUCACGUAUGAAGAAGUGCUGGAAUAUUUAUUCAAGGCAGGUAACAGUUACCGUGGAAGUGAGACUUCAUAUAGUCCAGAGAGGGCUACUAUGUCUCAUGUAAGGCCUUAUGUCUCACGUGGGAUGAAGAGGAUUAAGUAAGCAAGAAGAGGGGCUACUAACACUUCUACGUCUUCAGGAGCUGUAGUGAAAGAACAACCUUAUUUGGUAACUUAACUGAAAGAGGACUGCAAAAUGGAUUUGGUAUUCAUUCAGUAAUUUCUUUUCAUGAAGACCAGAGCGAAUCAAUUUUCUUAAAAACUGCGUUCUGAGUGAUUGUCUUUAAACGGGCACAACCGUAGCUCUGUAACACAUAUAUCAGCAUUUUCACAGCAUAUUUACAUUUGGCAGACGCUUUUAUCCAAAGCGACUUGCAUUGCAUUAUACAUUUUUUGUUUCUGAAUAUGUACCAUCCGCUGGGAUCGAACUUAUGACCUUGGCAUUGCUAGUGACAUGCUCAAACUAUUGAACCACAUGUCUUGGGAUGGCAAUCUACGACCACUACCUGGGGAUACAAUACACUGCUGUUUGCAAAAACAUUCAUGAACAUCUUUACAAAGUCUUAUAUGAAACUCUGCAAUAGAUUAAAUGAAUAAUGA